AUGAAUGGACUCACUCCACUGGAUCCAAACAACCUCCCUCCUCUUCCAGCACCAUGGUCUCAGCACGUCGCACCAACUGGUCAUCUGUACUAUUAUAACCCGGUCACAAAGGAGUCGACAUAUAACCGGCCCCUCUCCCUCGCCUCUCUGCUGCCGAAUACCCUGAAGAAGCCGAAGAAGAAGAAGGAAAAGCCAGCCAAGAAGACGCCCAUACCCGAUACAGCAUGGCUCCGCGUCGUAACAAAUCAUGGAAAUAUAUUCUACUCAAAUAAAGAGACGCGAACGAGCACAUGGGAGAUACCCGAAGAGAUUGCCGAUGCAGUCGCAGCGUUGGUGAUCAGCGAAGACGACGGUCAAGAGAGCGACCAUGCAAUCCGCAUCAGUCCUGAGCCCGCCGCUGAGCAAACUGGAACCAAACGUAAACACCGCGAAGAAGAUGACGAAGAAGAGGAGGAAAGAGCCGAGAAAAGACCCAAGGUUGACGACACGACGAUUGGAGUAGAGGAUGAAGACGACGACGAAUGGCAACGUCAAGCAGCAGAGGAGACGGCUAAAGAAGAGGAGAAACCACAAGAGCCAGAAGUGAAAUUGUCCACAGAGGAAGCGACGACGCUACUCAAGUCGAUUCUGCGCGACAAGGACGUGAAUCCUAUGCUUCCUUGGGAGUCUUCUGUCGCCAUUUUCAGUCAAGAUGAACGAUACGCAGCUUUAAACUCGGGGACCCCCAUUGCACUUCAGCACGACAUCUUUGAAGAAUAUUGCAAAGAAGUGAUUAAAGAACGAAAGGAACAGGCAGCAGUCCCCAAAGCGGAGCUUUCACCACUGGACGCGUAUCGCGAGCUGCUGCGAGUGACUGUAACUUCGACGCGCAUGACCUACACUCAGUUUAGACAGCAAGUCAAAAAGGACCGCCGGUUUUACUCUUACGGCCGAGACGAAAAGGAGAGAGAAAAGAUGUUCCGUUCGUAUCUCAAAGAUCUUGGAGAGGAGAAGCGCAAUGAACGGAAAAGGGCAGAGGAGGCAUUUCUUCUCAUGCUCAAGGAAGGGCACAAGUCUGGUCUCUUUCAGUCCCCUGGGAGCGUCAAAUGGGCAGACGUCAAGAAGCAGUUCCAAAAGGACCCACGAUACGAUGCAGUUGGCAGCUCCACUUUACGUGAAGAAUUAUUUGAAACGUUCAUCAAAACGUUUAUGAUCGCCAAGGACUCUCUGGAGAUGGCCAGUACCUCUCGAGAUUCAGAGAGAAUGGAGGUGGCCCCCGAGGUGGACAGGAGACAGCGGCGUGAAAAGGCCGUUCGGGAGCGCGAAGAAAGAGUUCGGCGCGUUCAAGCCGCGCUAGAGAAGCAAAAUGCUCUCAGUAGAGCUGGGUUAAACCUCGAAGAAGCAGAACUGACUUUCAAGUACGCCACUGCUCCCCUCUCUCAGCCACGCGCGCUCAAUUCUUACGAUCUUCACCCGACAGAACGCUUCUCAUCGACCAUGUCCGGGAGCCUAACCGAUUUGCGUCCAUCAGUCAAGCGACCCAAGGGCUCUGCUGCCCUGUUCUCGCUCUUCGAAAGCUAUGCACCAGGCCUCGAUGUCCACUGGCAUGGGUUGUCGUCAAGCGCCAAAGAUAGUAUAGCCAAUAGCAGUGUCGCCAAACGGCUUGAUCUCGAUACCAUGAUUCGUGUUCCUGCUUCUCGCGGCGAAUACGGAGGAGGACAUGACUCGCGUGUUGGCGGAAUAGGGCACGGUGACACCCUUCGCCUCGGUGGCGACGGGCAAGGUGGGGGUUCUCAAGUUGAAUACCCAGACCUGGAGCGUGCAUUCGACAAAUGGCAGCGAGAGCGCUACGCAAAUGCCCGAGUGGCGUUUGACACCAUGUUGACUGAGAAUGCAUUUGUCGAGUUUUGGGGACGGGUGGGGAAGAUGGGACUCGUUGAUGACGAACAGAAGCAGCGGCUCGGUAAAGUUGUAUUUGCGGAAAGUGGAGGGGAUGCAGUACCGAUGGGUGAAGAAGAAGAGGAAAUGGGAGAAGGUGGCGGGGGCCGGGCAGAUUUACAGCGACUCGCCAAAGGCAUUGAUGUUUCUGAAGUCGAAAAGGUUCUCAGGACGGAUAAACGGUACAUUGUGUUCGACUAUAUGCCAGAGGAGCGCAGGAAAUGGCUCAAAGAUUACCUAACCAGUCUUAGCGCCCCCAAGGCCUCUGUACAUGUACAAUAA